CGUCCUCUGCAGUCACCAUCCGGCGAGGCUAAGUCUCGUGCGGCUCUCCGCGUCCGUCGCUCCGCUGACCAGAUUGGUGCCUUCGCGUGUGUCUGUAGCCGCUGCUACGACAACGCUCAGAACGAUUCCGCUCAGUUUGCUCGCGAAGCGCGUCAGCAAGAGCUGCUGCUUUUGUUUAAACAAUUGCGGCAUACGAAAGCUCGCACGGCGGCGCGCAUCGCAGUGACUCCGAGAGUUGCCGGUCGCGAUAAAACGGCAGCAACAAGAUUUUCUCUAACCAUCUCCCCAACACAGGUUGUUCGAGGAGCAGUUGCCGGUCGGCGUGUUAUUUAGCAAAAAUCAACCAUGGGUGACGCCGACGAGACGUUCGAGAACGCCGACGCCGGCGCGUCGGAGGUCAUCCCGAUGGAGGCCGGCCAGAUCCGCAAGGGCGGCUACAUCGUCAUCAAGAACCGCCCCUGCAAGGUCGUCUCCGUCUCGACGUCCAAGACGGGCAAGCACGGCCACGCCAAGUCGGACGCCGGCGUCCUCUAUCCGCUUUGCAUGCGAAAGCCCAGGAUACAUCUCACAGGUGCAACUUCGUCGCGACCGACAUCUUCACGGGCAAGAAGCUCGAGGACAUCGUGCCCUCGACGCACGGCACGACGGUGCCCAACGUCUUCCGCUCGGAGUACACGCUCCUCGACAUCACGGACGAGGACUACCUCUCGCUCAUGGACGAGGGCGGCGAGACGCGCGAGGACCUGAAGAUGCCCGAGCGCCCGGAAGAGCUCGUCAAGUCGAUCCGCGAGGGCUUCGACGCCGGCGACUCGCUCAUCCUCGCCGUCGUGAAGGCCAUGGGCGAGGAGCACGUCAUGGCCUGCAAGAAGGACACGUCCUAAAUGGGCAGUUCCGCCCGGUGCCGCGCGUGUUGAACGGUGUGGCGGCGCCUAGACCUAAUAUUUCCGUCUACUAGUGACUUCUCGCGGCGACGGCGUAUGGUCGGCACGCGACAUUCUGUUACGGUGGUGCUAGGAUUCAUC